ACAGUGAGCGCAUUGAUUAUCAGAGAAUAGUAAUUUCCUCUUGGUCCAAAGUUCAUUGUUGUGAUACGCCAACAUACUGAGAGGCACAGACGGGAGACGAACAUAUGAGGUGCUGCUAACUGAGGUGGUAAAGGCAGGGAAAACAAUCACAAGAGAGCACGAGAAAUAUCACAGGAGCUCACAUCAGAUUGAACUUGGAUGAAAUGGAUAUUCUUGAGACGGACGCAUAUGACAGGAGACAGAGGAGGAAUAUGUCUUGCACCCUCUUUCUCUCUCUCCUUCCUUUCUUCUCAGCCACAGUGCUCUACUUUUACCUGUGGACUCCUGGGUCCCCACCAUCCAUCAUGUCUGUAGGUGUCAAGGCAGCACCAACACUUCUGUUGUCUGUAGUCGUGCUGAGCUGGAAUGGAGGCCAGAGUGUCCUGGGUGUGGCGGGUGGAAUAAUCUUCUCGGUGGUUGGUGACUGUUGUCUGAUCUGGCCUGAGUUUUUUCUCCACGGAAUGUGUGCAUUCGCGUUGGCACAUCUGCUGUACUCAGUCGCCUUCCUCUCUGAUCGUUAUGCAAAAUAUUCUUCUGCUUCUGCCUCGAUGUACUUCCUUUAUCUGAUCCUGUGGCUUGUGGGAGGAGGUUUCUACAUCUACCUAUACCCGUACCUGCAGAAGGUACCGAACUCCGAACUACUGACUCCAGCUGUGGGGGUCUACGUUGCUUUAAUUACGCUAAUGUCAACGUUGGCCUUUCGAACCCGCCAGACAGCAACACUGCUCGGAAGUGUGAUCUUCACAGUGUCAGACAUGGCACUGGCUCUGCAGGUGUUCAAAGCAUUGACACCGCUUGAGUACGGUAACCACAUUGUCAUGGUAACAUAUUAUUUGGCACAGCUGCUUAUUGCUGUGGGUGAUGUUACAGCAGUGGAGGAAAAGGAUGACUUUUCAAAAUGGAAGAAGUCCUAAUCAACAACCCUGUGGCACACCUAAAGUCUGGUAUAUCAUCCUCGCUACUUCACAACUGCAGAUGUUGGAUUUUAAAAUAUAGAUAAACAAACCCAUCAAAGAAAUAUUCAAGGACAGUUCUCAAACAUCACGAUCACUUGUGUUUUAAAUAAGGUUCACAAAAACAAAAGAUGUAAAAGAGCAACUGGAAGAUACCUAGUCAUGUAUUUACAGUCUGUAUGAGAUCUGCCCAAGACUAUAGUAACAGCUGUAAAAUUUAUAUCUCUAAAUGUGACAUUCCAAAAAGUUAUGUUGUUUUUUUUGUUGUUGUUUUAAAUCAAUUAUGUUGUACAUAGCUAAAGACUGUGCAUGUAGUGGUAAUGUUUUUACUUGUUACCAGAACACUACAUGUAUAUUACAUUAGUUUGUCAAUGUACAUUUUUAAAGGACCAUAACUGAGUCAUAUUUUGUUAUUUUCAAGAAUUAAAAUUAUACAAACUGAA